AGCUGGUGCUGCAGGAGCGGCUUCACUGUCCAUGACAUCCCAGAUCAGCCUCACCGUAAGCGGCUUGAGCUACGUCACGCCAAAGACGUGAAGACUCUGGACUACGACGAGUCCAAGUUCGAGAUGCUCGGUAUUCUCAGACGUUGCUCAUGGGUGCUGAUGGGUGCCUUCCAGCUCGAGCUCGACCUGAAGAAGAACCAGGUGGUCUGCGGACCCAGGGCUGCCCUGCUGAAGCCGUUUUGGGAGACGACUGUGGCACUUGUAAAGACGACCGAGGCGACCAUGUGGAUCUUCAGCCCGCAACCGGCGAGGGUGCUGGUCACCGCGUA